AUGAAAAAGGAAGGAAUCCAGACGCGCAACCGGAAGAUGUCGACGAAAGAAGCGCGGAAGAUCAAGAACGAGUCGACGGGCUCAAACAGUUCCGCCUCGCUGGGAAUGACGACGCCGACGGCUGCGGGACUCACGUCGAACCUCGACCUGGCCGAUCCGUCGUCCGUCUGGGGCAUGAAGAGCACGCAGCCGAUGCUGAUGGCCACGCCGACCGCCUACUCAUUCCCCACCUCGAACUACUUCUUCACGGGCGGCCCCACGUAGGGUGGUCGAACAGGCGCCUGAAAUAAUUCAAAUCUGAGCAAUUUGAAACUGAAAGCUGUUCAUUGGUUCUGAUAACGGAUAUUCAGUUUCUGCUCAAUUGGCUGAUAGCUCGACGCUCUCGGUGUCAGACUUGCCACCCGUUCCAAAGAGAAGUCGUUCAAACUUGCUAAAGUAAGUGUUUCCAACCGUUGUAAUCCAGUUAUAAUCUUUUAACUUCCGGAUUUACGAUGACCGGUCUCUUUUUGUCACGGCGUUGAUAAUUCUAGCUCAUUUUGUGCUCAAAACUGUUCAACAUUUUUGAAAAAUAUUGCCCGGCUCACUGUAGAUUUAAAGGCGCAGCCCGCAUUUUGAGAAAAUGUUGUUUUGCGCAGCCGCCGACGCUCCCCGUUUUUCUUCAAAUUUGCAAAGAAGGAAGCUAAUUUUUGUCUAUUUUUCAGAUCGAGCGACCGAUCACGAUGAAAAAGGAAGGAAUCCAGACGCGCAACCGGAAGAUGUCGACGAAAGAAGCGCGGAAGAUCAAGAAAGAGUCAACGGGCUCAAACGGCUCCGCCUCGCUGGGAAUGACGACGCCGACGGCUGCGGGACUCACUUCGAACCUCGACCUGGCCGAUCCGUCGUCCGUCUGGGACAUGAAGAGCACGCAGCCGAUGCUGAUGGCCACGCCGACCGCCUACUCAUUCCCCACCUCGAACUACUUCUUCACGGGCGGCGCCACGUAG